GUCAGACAACACGCCUGUCACUGAUGAUAACUCCAUUUAUGUUAUCUGAAGGGUCGUGCGUUAUCACCGGGCACAGACAACGGCCAAACAGAGGGACCCCACCCGGGAAUGGGUAGCGAGGACUCUUGAGUCAACGGUCGGUUGAACCACUCCCAGACUCCAGCCAGAGAGAGAGAGAGGGAAACGAUGGAUCCGUUGCUGAUCCAAGAUGCCUCGUGAAGACCCAAAACGCCUCAUCACCCUUCCUUAUCCACUCCAGAACCCCCCCCUCCCCUGACCCACAAGACAAAGUCUCUGAUUUUGAUUUGAAAGUAAUAAGGAAUGGGUCUUUCCAGAAUCGGCCGAUAGAAGAAACAAACAGCCAAUGAACCAAAACCACUUUAGCUCUUUUUUCCGACGGUACUUUUUCCCAUGAAGUGAACGAGGCCUGAGCCAUGAUGAACCGCUACACCACGCUGAGGCAGCUCGGGGAUGGCACCUACGGCAGCGUGCUCAUGGGCCGCAGCAUUGAGUCCGGAGAGCUGGUGGCCAUCAAGAGGAUGAAGAGGAAGUUUUACUCAUGGGAAGAGUGCAUGAACUUGAGAGAAGUCAAGUCUUUGAAGAAGUUGAACCAUGCCAACGUGGUGAAACUAAAGGAGGUGAUCAGAGAGAACGACAACCUUUACUUUGUCUUUGAGUACAUGAAGGAGAACCUCUACCAGCUCAUGAAAGACAGGGAGAAUAAGAUGUUCACAGAGAAUGAGAUUAGGAACAUCAUGUUUCAAGUGAUUUCUGGGUUGGCUUUUGUGCACAAGCAUGGUUUCUUCCACCGGGACAUGAAGCCAGAGAACCUGCUGUGCAUGGGGCCGGAGCUGGUCAAGAUCGCAGACUUUGGCCUGGCCAGAGAGAUCCGCUCCAGGCCUCCGUAUACCGACUACGUCUCCACCAGAUGGUACCGUGCUCCAGAGGUGCUGCUCAGGUCCUCCACCUACAGCUCUCCCAUCGACAUGUGGGCGGUGGGCUGCAUCAUGGCCGAACUGUACACCCUCAGACCUCUGUUCCCUGGCAACAGCGAGGUGGACGAGAUCUUUAAGAUCUGCCAGGUCCUGGGCACCGUCAAGAAGUCCGACUGGCCGGAGGGCUACCAAUUGGCUUCGGCCAUGAGCUUCCGCUUCCCCCAGUGCGUGCCCACCCACCUGAAGACGCUCAUCCCCAACGCCAGCAGCGAGGCCAUCGCCCUGAUGAGGGACAUGCUGCAGUGGGACCCCAAGAAGAGGCCCACGGCGGUGCAGUCGCUGCGGUACCCCUACUUCCAGGUGGGCCAGGUGCUGGGAUCCCAGAGCCAGGAGGCACGGAAGGUCAAAGCCAGGCCUCAGUCCCCGAACGAGGUCCAGCCGGCCAAGGUGACCCCCCAGCAGUAUUCCUCACCAGAGUCCAAGGCCUCGUCCACCUCCUCCACCCGGUCCCUCAACAGUCACCCCCAGCAACCCCCCCAGCAGAGCCAGCAGCCACACCACCCCCCCCACCAGCAGCCGAACCAACCCCCCCAGCAGCAGCCCCCGCAGCAGGUCCCCGUGUCCCAGGCCGAGCCCAAGCACGGAGCCCCUUGCCACCAUACGAAGGCGGCGGCGGCGGCGGCGGUGGUCAGUGAGAACGGCGGGGCGGCGGGGGCGGGGCCACUGAAGAGCGGCCGCCGGCGCUGGGGCCAGACUGGGGUCCGCGCCACCGACAGCUGGGACGAGUCGGACCCCACGGAGGCCGCCGUCCCCCACUCCAAGAGGCCCAGCCUGGGGCACGUGGAGGAGGAGGGGAGGCUGAAGGAGCAGCCCCGGCAGCCUAAAGAGCAGAAGCCAUUGUAUUCCUUCAGCACAGUUACCAAGCUACCCAGCAAUAUCAAGGUCGGCCAAAUAGACGCCAGUGUCCCCGUGUCUUCUGCGCGACAGCACUAUCUCAGCCAAUCAAGAUACCUGCCAGGGUUGAUAGGCAAGAACCAGCCUUCCAACGUGGACAAGGAGCUGAGCGGAGCCACCCUCCGGGACCUAUGGGACAACUCCAGCAACGUGGUGGCCAAACCUCUCGCUCCUAUUGGUGGAGGUGUAUCGGUCCACAGAGCCAAUCAAGAAGAGGGGCCCAGUAAGUCACUGGAAAGCACGGCAGAGAAAAUGGUUGUUAAGGAGAGAAUACUGGAGAAAAUGGAUCCCUGCAAAGGGAACUUUGUGAGCACCAAGUACAACCUCUCUGGCGGUUACAUGCCCUCCUUCCAGAAGAAGGAGGUGGGGUCUGUGGGCCAGAGGAUUCAGCUGGCUCCCUUGGCCGGCCAACACACAAUAAACCUUUCUUCCUCUCCUGAAAUUAAAAAAGAUAAAAGCAAAUCUGCCAAGGCCAAGCCCACAUCCAACUCCUCUAUGGGUGAAAGUCACGAAGACUACGAGGGGUGGAAGAGGAGGACGGACCGAACUCAGGUGAAGGGCAGCGGCUAUGCAGCGUUAGGGAAACCUUCCGGAAACCUCCUGACCCGGGCCACCACUGUACAGCCGGUCCACGGCAGGGUGGACUGGACGUCCAAAUAUGGGGGAAAUCGGUAGCCCGACGGAGGGGACCGCGUCGGCUGCCUCCACUCGCUGUUGGGGGUUUAGCGAGGUCUGAGUCACUUUUGGGGCACAAAAGGAGUUCCUGCUGCGUUGCUGAAUGCACCUUUUAUUCUCUGAGUGGGACCAGAGUUUAUUUUUUUUUCCUCCAAAUUGUAUUAACUGUACUUUUAUAAAAACAGAUUCUAGAUAUCAUAUAAGCAACUCCAUAUACUCCAACUCCAUAAUCCUCUGUUCAUCUUCGUAGAAAUUUUAAUAUUUCACCCGAUUUAUGUCCUUUAAUGUUUUUGAGGAAGUCCUUUCCACGAUUCCUCACAUGCUGGCACUUUUUUAUGGUGUAGCUGGAUACAAUGUUCGCAGGAACUAUGACCGUGUGCUUUGGUCAUUUGGUCAACUUGGGAGAUCAGGUGGUCAAAUCUAAAUAGGGGAGUGGAUAGGCAACAUGGUUGGCCUAUUGAAGUCUAUUAGUGGCCAGAAAUUCUUCAUACAUUUGUGUUUAUGGUCAAAGGUCGUUUUGUAUCUGAAGGGUUUUUAGUUGUUUUGCUCGUCGAAAUGGCAUCAGAGAAAGGUCAUACCGAUGCUGUAUCGCUGUUUAUCUUUUUGGUUUGUUUACAUGUAGGCCAUAAAGAUCAUCUUUGCAUUGAAAGUGAUUAUUUCCUGUUCUACUACAUUCUUUUCAAAUAAUGGCAAAUUAAUUUGUAUGAUUCAGUAAAUAAACGUAAUUUUGUAAA